AAAAAUUUGAGAAAACAUUCUCACCUCUCUCCUCUCUCUCGGUUGUAACUUGUGACUCCCUCCCCGCGCUGUGCUGCUGCUCGUGCUCUUCGGUAGCGCAACGAGAAAGAAGAAUAAGGGAAUGGGGUGGAAUUACCCAUACAUAUCAUUAGAGGAAAUGGUGAAACUUCUAAAAGGGUUUGUAGAUAUAAUGAUUUUAGCAUCUGGGUAUCAAUCCUCUGCUCUUUUAGCCCACUGGGACGCUCAAAACAUAAAAAAAGCCAUCCACUGGGGUUCCUUCUUCCAAAAUGUACUUGAGCAUAUGAGUACCUCAGAUGUUUACCAGGACUCAAUUAAGGAACUUGAUGCAGCUCUCUGUCAAAUGAAAUCAAACCCUUAUUUUCCCCAGGGUCUUGCAAAUCUAUCAUGCGAUACUCUGAGUAGGGCAAGGAGUUUUGUGUUGGCCCAUUUGUUCCAGACUUUACCACUGAGGGAUUCACAUCUCAAAGCUUUUUUAACUGCUGUAAUUGAGAUGGAGCUUGAGAGGGUUUCGGAAUCGGAGCAUGAUUGUCUAAGUGUGUAUCUUAACAAGUUAAAGCCGUGGAAUCCGCAGCUUGAUUUGAUUCUAGAAAGGAGGGGUUUUGUGAAGGAUUCUAUGGUUUUAUCAGAAGAAAUUAGUCAAACUGUGAAGUUUGGAAAAUUCAGCGAUGAUGAUUUGACGAAGUUGACUCUUCAAGAAGUCUUCAAGAGGCAGUCUGCAGUGUCAUGCAUAUCGACAGUGGAGACAGGCUUAGAUGUCCUCUCUAAUGCUAUCAGGUGUAGUAGUGGGACUGAAUCUGAUAGUAGCAUGCUGGAAGAACUAAAACUUGAUGGAGCUCCUUCAUCUGUUGGGGAAAUAGAACAGCUGGUUGAUUUUUUCACGUGGAAUCAUUGGAAAUCAAAGAUGGUUUCGUAUUUUCUUGAUAAGAGAACCAUUAGAUUGGUGUCAGGUGCCAGCAUGAUAUUUUCUGCCCCUAAGAUGCAGUGGCUACAAGUGUUUGAACGGCUGAAUACUUCAGCAGAUUGCAAGAAUGAUGGUUUGAGUGAAAUAGUUGAACUCCUAUUACUCGGACGCAUUGCAAGCCAAUGGAAUUGUCUAAUUGAAUGUGCUACAUCAGUUUCAUAUUUCUCCGCCACUAUCUCAAACCUAUAUUAUGAGGUGUGCAGCUUGCUUACUGGAAGAGCUCAAGGUUUCCAUUCCAGUGAGAGAGCAACAGAUUCAAAGCAGGAAAGUGAUAUUCUUGAGUAUCUAGCCAGACUGCAGGGCUAUCAACUUUCUCUAUUGUGGAAACAGUCCCCUGUCCUUGCAGCAGUUGCAAUCCCAUCAUGGUCACCUUUGUUGAGAUUGUAUCUAAGUGAAAUAGAGACUCAAGUCAAAGGAGAUUCUUCAGCACAGAGAUGCUGCAGCUGUAUUCAAGAUAGGAAGCAGCACAAAGAUUGUGAACUCGCUGAGAGAAUUUGGUGCCUUUACAUCUUUCACAGUUUUGCCUCUCAUGCUAUGCAUGGUGCCAAUAGUUCUUGACAGGUGAGCGUGACUGUGAUGGUUAUUGGUGAGAACCUUUCUGAUACAUGUCUUGCCAAGUGACAGAUUUGCUUUUUUUUGUGUGUGUGUGUGUUGGAAAGAUGGUAUAAUUUAGUUCAUUAUUAUAGGUAAAAUUGAUCACGGAUUUCUUAGCUGAAAUUUGAAGUCAAGUUUUCAAAGACUUCAUGUUGGCUCCCAUGCUUCCAUCUAUACGUGGAUUUCAUUGUAUAUUAUAGAAA